AUUGUUUCCCUAAUGGUUAUAUCGUUGGAAUUUAGGCAUGCUGCUUUGGAUCUUGUUAGAUUUAUUCACUUUUCAAAAUGUAUGCAUACUUGGACUUACUGUCACAACAAUGGCUUGCGGGGCGCUAUUUUUACUGUCGUCGAUUGUGCCAUGGCCCAAACGAAAACGAGGCGACUUUAUUGCUCCAACAAAGACUUACGCUGGUAAAGAUGAGGGAGUAAGUUUAAACAAUUUACUGCGUGAAGAUCCGAAGGAAAGGCCUCUCUAUACUGAAUCUUCUUUGUAUCUCAGCGUUGUAAUUCCAUCAAUGAAUGAAGAGGAACGUCUGCCAAAGAUGUUGGAUGAGUGCUUGGAUUAUUUGCUAAAAAGAAAGAAAGAUGAGGAAGAAUUCAGCUUUGAAGUUUUAGUUGUUGACGAUGGCAGCACAGACCGCACCGCAGAUGUAGGGCUCGACUAUGGACGUCGAUACAGCGACCUCGUGAAGGUCAUAAAAUUAGAGAGGAAUCUUGGAAAGGGUGGAGCUGUACGAAGUGGCGUCAUGCAUAGUAGUGGAAAACUUAUCUUGUUUGCUGAUGCCGACGGAGCAACGAAAUUCUCUGACAUAGAACGACUGGAGAAAGGAUUGCUGCGAAUGAGCUGUGGCCCUCCCUUAGAUGAAAGCUUUCCCGCUGUUGUUGUCGGAUCAAGAGCACACCUUGAGGCAGAAGCUGUCGCCACACGCUCCUUUGCACGGACUAUCCUUAUGCAUGGAUUUCAUCUUCUCGUUUGGUUGUUUUCCUCGCGAACCGUGCGCGAUACGCAGUGUGGAUUCAAACUGUUCACGAGGGCUUCAGCUGCUAGGGUGUUCCCGGUAUUACACGUAGAGCGCUGGGCCUUUGACGUAGAGUUGAUUUACUUGUGUGAGUUAUGGAGAAUACCCGUUCUGGAGAUCUCUGUUACGUGGCACGAAGUAGAGGGCUCGAAAAUAGUUCCAGUCUGGUCUUGGCUCCAGAUGGGAAGAGAUUUGAUUCUUAUUUGGUUCCGGUAUAAGACGGGAAUGUGGACUGACAAAGUCCAAGAGUAGUAGACUAGUCUAUUUAUUGCACAGCUGUGAUAUGGCUAGUACUGGUUUUGCAUAUCUUUGCUUGCUCUCUUCUUUGUUUUCUCAGUUUUACUGUGGCUCUGUGACCUUAACUUAUGACCGGGAGAUAUUCAAAAGCUUUUGUUCAUUGUUGUUAUGACCACAUCUUUGCUUCCAGAUUGAUAUAGGUUUUGUUAACGUUCCAAAUUUUGGUUGCAUUUUAACAUUUCCAUUUGAUGCGUUGUUUUUAUCCGAUGCUGACUUGUUGGCUUUACGUUCUGAUCAUUUUUUCAGGUUUAUAUGUAUUGUAACGGUACCUGUCAUUAUCAGUUAAAGC